CACACGAAUCGCCAAACCCAGUGGCAUUUCCGUAAAAAUCCUCGACACAAUUCCCCACCGCCGCUCCGUUCCGAUCAUCUCCAUUCCCCGAUCCUUCACCGGCGGCGGCGGCGGCGGCGGCGGCGGAGAUGGUGUUCUACGCGCUGUACGUGUGGGCGGACCUGGACAACCUCACCAACCUGCAGCCCGGCGGCGGCUGCGACGACCCGAACUACCCCUACUACUUCAAGCUGCGAUGCGAGAACUGCGGGGAGGUCAGCGCCAAGGCCACCUGCGUCUCCAUCGGCGAGGUCGUUGACCUGCCCACCGGCCGCGCCACCGCUAACCUUGUCCAGAAGUGCAAGCUUUGUGGAAGGGAUGGAUCGAUUGUGAUGAUUCCUGGGCAUGGGACACCACUGAGUAUUGAGGAGAGCCAAAACGAAACGGGAACUUGUUUGAUGGUUUUUGACUGCAGAGGCUGCGAACCUAUUGAUUUUGCUUUUGGUGAUGGCUGGAAGGCUGAGUCUUUGGAAGGAACUUCAUUUGACAUUGACUGCUCUGAAGGCGAGUUUGCUGAUUACGAUGAGAAGGGAGAGUGUCCUGUAGGUUUGGGCAAGCUGCGGUCAGAAUUCAGAGUGGUGAAGAAGCAGGAGAGUCGUGGGAAGACUAAAUUUGUCUGACCCAUGAUCGUCUGGAUAUCCAACGGGAAAUGUAUAAAGCGUGUUAGAAAACAAUACCUUUUACUUUAAAUCUCGCAUGUGUGAACACCCUUUUGCUGAUGCUAUUGGGGUGCCAUGGAUUUGGUUUUAUCUUCCAUUGAUAUAUGGCGACAUGCUAGGAACCAAACCAUCCAUUAUUGAGCCAUUGAGUGGCAUUAACUGGGAUCA